AUGCAGUUCUUUGUGAAGUCCCUUUCCGGCACUGUGGCUGUCAACGCCCAGGCCGGUGACAGCAUCAGCAAUGUCAAGUCCAUCAUCCAGGAGCGCGAGGGUAUCGCCGCUGCCGUCCAGCGCUUGUCCUUCAACGGCAAGACCCUCUCCUCUUCCACCCUCCUCGCCACCAUCCCCGCCAUGUCGACCUUCGACUUGAACAUCGACCUUUUGGGAGGAGGCAAGAAGCGCAAGAAGAAGACCUACACCACCCCCAAGAAGAUCAAGCACAAGAAGAGAAAGGUCAAGUUGGCCGUCCUUAAGUUCUACCAGGUCGAUGGCAACGGCAAGAUCACCCGUCUCCGCCGUGAGUGCCCCUCCGCGACCUGCGGAGCCGGUGUCUUCAUGGCCUGGCACCACGAUCGUCAGUACUGCGGACGUUGCGGUCUGACCUAUGUCUUCAAGAAGGAGGGCGAGACUGCUUAA